GGUACCGAACUGCGCUAUUACACUACUACUGCUCCUCAAGGAGACGGGGGUUCGUGGGAUCUUUUCUCUGUUUUCUGAGGCAAUCGCCCUCCUUUCUUCAACUCUUCAUCCUCACCAGACUCUUACGUCGUCGGCAUUUAUAAUCUCUCCUUCUUCCUCUGUCUGGCGACAUGCUUACCUCCAAAUCUAAAUCUGGUUUAUCUGAAGCUUCGAAUAACAAAACCACACCGGCAACCCCUAGGGUUAGCAAAUUGGGCAGGGCAGGAUCCGUCAAGUCGGAGGUUGAUUCGCCUUCACCCCAGCAAAAUCCACGCCUUUCCAUCGAUCGAUCGCCGCGAUCAGCUGAUUCCAAGCCCACUGUUGAGCGUCGAUCGCCUAAAAUCGGGACCCCUCCUGAUAAACAACCACGAGCAUCGAAGGGAUCAGAGUUGCAAGCACAUCUGGGAGUGGUUCAAGAGGAUUUGAAGAAGGCAAGGGAGCGAUUGGCUUCUGUGGAGAAGGAGAAGACUCGAAUUGUAGAGGAAUUGAAGGAUGCGAAGAGAUUGGCUGAUGAGGCAAUCGAGAAGCUCAAGGAGGCUGCUGUUGCUCAGAAGAGAGCUGAGGAGGCCACUGAGAUUGAGAAGUUCCGGGCCGAUGAAUUGGAGCAGGUGGGCAUUGAGGCUGCUCAGAAGAGGGAGGACAAAUGGCAGAAGGAGCUCGAAAGUGUCCGAGACCGGCAUUCUGUGGAUGUUGCAUCACUGGUUUCCACCACGCAGGAGCUCCAGAAGGUGAAACAAGAAUUGUCGAUGACAAAUGAUGCAAAGAAUGCUGCCCUUAGCCAUGCUGAUGAUGCGAUGAAGAUUGCUGAAAUCAACGCAGAGAAAGUGGAGCUCCUGUCAGAUGAAGUGAGCCGCCUGAAAUCCUUGCUUGAUUCCAAGCUAGAGAGUAAGACCAAUGAGACCGCCGAGCUGCUUAAGAAGUUGGAAUCUGAGGCCUCAGUGUUAAAGCUUGAACUUGAGAGAGCAAAGGUAGCCGAGAGUAAAUUGGUCGAGAUGCAAGCAUCAGUUGAAGGGCUAAGGACCGAGGUCAUUGAUGCAAAGAAGGCUGAGGCGGCUGCAGGCCAGGUAGUGGAUGAGUGGAAGAGGAAGGUGGAGCUGUUGGAAGUUCAGCUGGAGGAAGCUGAUCAGUCUGAAAAAUCCACAGCCGAUUCUCUUGCCUUAGUGAUGAAACAGCUGGCGGAGGGCAGUGCAUUGUUGCAAGACAAACAAGUCGAAGUUGCUGCUCUGAAAGAAAAUGUGGAGUCCCUGGAGCUUGAGGUGGCUAGGUACAAAGCAGAUGUUGAUGAGUCAAGUCGUCACCUUGAUGUGGCACAACAGGAAGCUAAUGAACUGGGGAGGACGAUUGAAGUUCUAAAAUCUAAGCUUCAAGUUAUGGAGGAGGAAAAGAUGGAGGCUCUGAACAAUGAAAAGGUUGCAUCUUCAAAUAUCAAAAGCUUGACAGAGGAAAACAAUAAGCUUGCUACUGAGCUCGAGACUACUAGAGAUGAAGGAGAAAGAGUUAAAAAGGAGAUGGAAACCCUGGCUUCUGCAUUGCACGAAGCAUCUACAGAAGCAAGAGAAACACGAGAAAGGUUUUUGGCAAAACAAGUUGAGGUUGAGAAUGCCCAAGCUCAGAUAGAGGAAUUGAAGUUGGCUCUGAAGAACACUCAGGAAAGUAAUGAGAGAACACUCGAGGAAGCAAGGUAUGAGAUAGUUUGCCUCCGAAAAUCUGUUGAAAGACUCGAAACAGAAGCCAAAAAUUCUAGGGCUGAGUGGGAUUUAAAGGAGCUAAAUUUAGUGAAUUCUAUCAAAACAUCAGAAGGGGAAAUCAUUGCCAUCAAAGUAGAAAUGGAUAAGGUAGUUGAGUCUCUUGGAGACAGAGAGCAUGAAAUACUGGCUGCCAAGGAUGAGGGUGUCCAGCUAAUGGAUAAACUGAGGCAAGCCGAAUCUGAGGCAGCUGAUGCCAAUAGAGCUGCAGAAUUAGCAAAGGCUGAGAGCUUACAGUUGAGGGAAAGGCUGCUAGACAAAGAGAAUGAGCUGCAGAAUAUAACUCAGGAGAAUGAUGACCUUCGGAUGCGAGAAGCGGCUGCUUUAGAGAAGGUCCAAGACCUGACUGCAUUGCUUGCAGAGGUUACCACCAAGAAGCCUGAGGUAGAUGGUGAGCUAUCAAAGAGUGAAAAAGAGUGCGACCAACUGCCAAAGAUGGCGGAGUCUCAUGUGGAGAAUGCUCAUGAUGCUGAAUCUCAGAAACCCAGGUUAGAUGUUCCAGCAGGGAAACUUGAGGAAUGUUGUAGAGUGGAUGAGAAGCUGAAAGAGGAAAAUGGGAGUGGAAGAGCUGAAGAAAAAGAGCCGCUGGAAGAGGAAGGCAAGAUGCAGGAAUGCUGCAAGACCACGGAUGACAAAGACUUGUCAACUGAGAGGGAGAAUGGGGCUAAGUCGGAUGAUGAGUUGGAUUCAAAGAUGGAUGGUGUUGGUGCCGAUCAGGCAAAUGGAUUGCCAUCAGAGAAGUUGGACAAUGGGGCAACAUCUCCCACCAAGCAGCAGCAGCAGCUGAAAAAGAAAAAGGCUUUGUUGCAGAAAUUUGGGAGCCUGCUGAAGAAGAAGAGUAACCACAAGCAGUAGAGCAUCCCUGCCACAGGGUUUGGACGUCUUUGUAGGGUGGGUGGGAAGCUGCUCGGAAAGACGUGCAGGUGCGAGGGUGGACGGAACGAGAUCCCACAUGGAAUGUCUCUGAGAUCGCUCUCUGCUUUUAUUUGUCCUUGUGGAUUGUGGGGUCCAGUGCUUUACCCGGUGGAAAUUUCCUGGUUCUUCCCUUAGGUUCCUUUUGUGGGUAUUUGUAUCAGAUGGUCCUCCCCUUUGCGAGGCCGUGGCCCAUCGUUUGGUUGGGGUUUGGUCAGUUGUGAUGUCAGACUCUUGAGCGUGUUACGGGAUCACUAUCAGAGAUUGGCUUGCAUGUGCGAUUCUUAGUUUAUUACUAAUGCUGAAGACUUUUUGUGUCCUAUUUUAUCGUUCAUGCAGUGUGUCCUAGAAGACUUA